UAUCUCUCCAAGAAUUCUCGAAGGUGCCCCGUGCCUGUGAACCCAUCUCUACUGAUCUCUACGUGAGGAGCGAGGGACGUCUCAGGGUUGUGGAGUUUUCUCGCUCAUUGUCAUGAUGUACUGCAAUGUACUGGACCAGACGUCGCAUGUGCAACAGCAUAACCAGUAUAACGGGGAUCUCGACGUGGACGGCGUACUUCCGAUUUGCCGUAAUUUUCGAUCAUUUUUUUUUUCUCGAGUGGCUCAUGAUAUCACGAAAUGGAGAUGUGUGACGAACUCGAGCGGAUAUGAAGGCUUAACCUAGAGCCAGGAGAUUUCAAGGGUCGACCGUAUGUAAACAAGAGACACUCGAAUCGCACUUAUUCCCAUCCACGCAGAAACUCGUUCACUUUAAGGAUACAUCAUGUCUCGUUUACUGUUAUCUCGCAAUUCUACGUUGCUGUCAAAGUGUACAUUGUUUAGAAAUGAAUGCAGGCAGGCCCAUCAUUCCUGCAAAAUUCUGGUGGUUGGAGGGGGUACCGCCGGCUGCUCGAUGGCUGCAAAACUAUCAAGAAAGUUAAAUAAUCCGAAGCAAAUUAUUGUGCUGGAACCCAGCGACGUGCAUUAUUAUCAACCUUUAUUUACCUUGGUCGGUGGUGGUAUCAGUUCUUACACAUCAUCGAGAAAAUAUAUGAAAGAGGUUCUGCCAAAGAAAGCGAAAUGGCUAAAAACUUCCGUUGUUGGGUUUCAACCAGAUGUUAACAAAGUAACAACACAUCAUGGAGAUACUAUAGAAUACGACAUUAUGAUUGUUGCACUUGGCUUGCAACUGUUCUGGGACAAAAUUCCAGGUUUGUCAGAUAGCAUAUACGAUCCAGAUGCGCAAGUGUGCUCUAUUUAUGGGCCUGACACUGUGCCUCAAGUUUAUCAGAAAAUAAAAAAUAUUGGACGUGGCACUGCGAUAUUUACAUUUCCAAAUACUCCGGUCAAAUGCCCGGGCGCGCCUCAGAAAAUUGCCUAUAUUGCCGAGGACUACUUUCGCAAGCGCAAAUUAAGAAAUAACAUCGACGUUGUAUACAACACCGCGUUGCCGGUUAUAUUCGGAGUUAAGAAAUACGCCGAUUCCCUCUGGGGCGUUUGUAAACAGAGAGACAUUACCGUCAAUCUUCAAAUGAAUCUGGUGAAGAUAGACUCGAGCAAGAAACAAGCCACGUUCGAGAAGCUAAACUCACCGGGAGAGACAUUAGUACAGGAAUACUGUCUCCUCCAUGUGACGCCGCCGAUGGGACCGCCCGCAGUUUUAAAGGAACAUCCGGCGCUAACUAACGAAGCCGGAUUUCUCUGCGUCGAUCCUAAAACGCUGCGACACACGAAGUAUCAAAAUAUAUUUGGAAUAGGCGACUGCACGAGCACACCAAAUUCUAAAACAAUGGCUGCAAUAGCCGCGCAAGGAAAAGUGUUGUAUCAGAAUAUAUUGGAUGACUUAGCUGGUAAACCAAUGAUAAUGGCUUAUGACGGUUAUGCGUCGUGUCCGUUAGUUACCGGUUAUGGUAAGUGCAUUCUGGCAGAGUUCGAUUAUAAUUUACAGCCAAAGGAGACGUUCCCGGUAGAUCAAGGCAAAGAAUUCUAUGUCAUGUUUCUAUUAAAGAAAUAUCUAUUCCCAUUCAUAUAUUGGCACUUGAUGUUGAGAGGUUACUGGAACGGACCAGAAUUUUUCCGCAAAUUUACGAAGGUUCUAAAGAAAAAUCAAAAGGAUUAACUCAUAAAGAGUCCAAAAAGAAAUAUGGUUUGUGCCUUUUUCCACUGAAUAAAGAAUGACGCUGUUUAUCUAAUUAACACACACACACAUGUACAUAUAGUAUAAAUAUAAUCCUUUUCUUCUAUU